AUGGAAGUUGACACUCCUUCAGAUAUUAAAAAUCAACCAACUAAUGAUGCUGACCAAGCAGACGAAGAUGAAGAAGAAGAUUUUCUCAUCAUGGCUGAUAUUGGACAUGAUAUUGAUCAACAAACUGUUCUCGAACAUGCUGUAAAAUCUGAAAUUCGAGCGAUUGAUAUCGAUGGUACUAAUCCAUUCAUUCAAAUCGGUCCAUAUACAUUUCAAGGUCAAUAUAAUUAUAUUCUUGGUACAAAUUUAUUUUUCAGUACAUCAUCAGCAACUAUAGAUGAUAAUGCAAGUACGAGUAGUCGAGUUGAAGAGGUAACAACAAAUAUUCCAAAUGCAAGCGAUUUAAAUUUAAUUGGAAUGGCUGAUAAAAAAUUAAACUUAUCACGUGUUUAUGUCUAUCCUAAGAAGGCAGAUGAUACUGAUAUUCAAUCGAAAUCUUGA